AUGUCAAAGGUCGAUAGCAAGGCAAACAGCAUGAGCGCGAAGCGCAGGCGAGGCAACAGCGACACCGAGACAGUGCCGCCAGCCAGCAAAACUAACGACGUGGUUGAGAAGACAGAGGAGGAUGCUGACGAGACACUGACGUCGACUACAUCCGAGGCGUCCCUGGCUGACGCAAAGGUCAGCCCGAUGAAGCGGCUACGCAUUAGCAACAAGAACGACGACGACCUUGUCGAGGAUACCGAAGCAGUGACAGCAGAAGCCCAGGAAGAGAUGGAGGAGGACGGGGAGAACAAAGAAACGCCUGAAGAAAAGGAUGAGGAGGAGGAGGAGUCGCAAUCUACUCCGGGCAAGCGCGUUUUCGGCUCAGGAUACAGCAGUGGUCUUGGUUUCGGCGCCUUCAAAAACAUCAACAACUCCAGCGAUUCUGCUAGUUCCUCUACCGAGAAGAUAGAUGAGUCGAAGGAGGAGGAGUCGCAACCUGCGCCGGCCAAGCGUGUUUUCGGCUCAGGAUACAGCAGCGGUCUGGGCUUUGGCAGCUUCAGCAACUCUGGUGGAUUUGCUAACGCUGCCAAACACGCAACCACAGCUUCCAAGUCACCGGGUACCUCCACGGCUGCCGACACGCCGGCAGGUGACGAAGCAGACAAGCCGGCUGCGGACUCAAAGACGUUCGAUGAUAUGUUGCGCGAAGGUGGUGACGAAUCGCUCGUAACAAAGGCGAUUGAGCCUACAGCAGUGGUUUCCAAGCAUGCCGAUGCCAAGACGUCCGAGAAAGACGAGAAAUUUAAGGAUAAGGACUGGAGGGAGUGCGGGACGGGCCAGUUCAAGAUUCUCCAAGACAAGGUCAAUGAGAACGACUGGCUACUGGGGAUGUGGAGAGACGGAUCGCAGGCUCAGAUCCUCAGCGCCAAGCUGAUCUCUGGCAUGAAGGUUACAUGUAACCGUAAAACCGUGUCGUUUUCGCGCUUACUUGGCGACGGAAUAACGAUGGUUCCCUAUUCACUGCGUGUCGGGAGCGAGGAUGAAGCGCAGAAUGUGGUCGAUAGCAUCAUAAGCUACAUCCCUAGCCAGGUGGACAAGGCGAGCAAGGCGGAGGAGGCCCAAGAGAGUGGCUCCGGCAACAAGAGUACAGGGCAACCGGAUACAGAAGAGACGGAGGAAGCCACGGGCACAGACGAGUCUAGCGACGAUGGUGCAGAGGAUAGCGAAGCGAGCGCCGAGCAUUAG